UGAAUGAAUUUGAUCUUUUAGUUUAUGAUAUUUUAUUUUUAAUAGAAAAAGAGCCUUACUGGUGAAAUUAGAGGCGAUAGUAAAUAACAUAGACAUCCAAUCAGACGAAAGCUUCUAAUAGGUUUAGGCGGAGGUGACGUAAAAUUCCCGGCAAAAACUGAACAAAAUGGCAACAAUCCUUCGUAGCAGAUUCCUUGUUUCAAACCUGUCAAGGAGGAUCUUUCUUGCUCGGUGUUUCUCAAAUGGAUCGAACAGUACGGACUCUACCAUUGGAUUUGUUGGUCUUGGUAACAUGGGAGGUCCUAUGGCCAAGAAUUUGAUUGACUCAGGCCAUGACAUUGUAGUUUAUGAUAUUUUUAAUGAAGCAGUUGAUGAAUUGAAACAACAUGGUGCUAAAUCAGCAGAAAGUCCUGCCAUGGUUGCAUCUCAAGCAAAGAGGAUCAUAACCAUGCUUCCAUCAAGUCCUAAUGUUCUGGAGGUGUACAAUGGUGACAAUGGAAUAUUAAAGGCUGUGCAAGACAACGCUCUUCUUGUGGAUUGUAGUACUAUCGAUCCUUCCAUUGCAAAGGAAAUGAGUGAAUUAGCAAAAACAAAAAAUGCUACAUAUUUGGAUUCUCCUGUUUCUGGAGGUAUCACUGCAGCAAAAGGAGCAACACUUACUUUCAUGGUUGGGGGUGAGAAAGAAGGAUUUGAUCAAGCAAAUUCCAUUCUGCAACACAUGGGCAAGAAUGUGAUUCACACUGGUUCAGUGGGAACUGGACAAGCUGCUAAGAUCUGUAAUAACAUGCUAUUGGCAGUCAGCAUGAUAGGAGUCUCAGAAGCAAUGAAUCUUGGAAUAAACCUUGGUUUAGAUGCCAAAAUGAUUGCCAAAAUAUUCAAUUCCAGUUCUGGUCGAUGUUGGUCUAGUGAUACGUAUAACCCUUGUCCAGGAGUGAUUGAAGGUGUUCCGUCCAGUAAUAACUAUCAAGGGGGGUUCAUGACAGCUCUUAUGGCUAAGGAUCUUGGUCUGGCUCAGAAUGCAUCUACAUCAACAAAGACACCAACCCCAAUGGGGUCAUUAGCUCACCAAAUCUACAGGAUAAUGUGCAACAAAGGUUACAGUAAUUUGGACUUUGGAUCAGUUUUCAAAUAUCUUCAGAGUGAAGAAAAAUCCAAAUGAAUUCAAGUAUUUCUAUCAGUGGGUGCCAAUGAGAUGUAAAAUUAACAUAAUGUCAGCUAAGAUCUCUUUCUAUAACAACUGGGUGAAUGUGGAAAAUGUUAAUGUAUUAGGUAAAUAUUUAAUAAACAAUCAGUUACUCAA